AUGCAGAACAGGCACCGGGAGGGAACACGGGGACCCAAUCCCAGCGGCAGCUGCCGGACCCCGACCUUCGCCCUCCAGGUCUCCGCUGCCGGCACACGUGGGGAUCCGACAUGGCGGGAGGGGGGGGUGUCAGGGACCCCGUCCCGCCGCUCCUUCCCGUGGGGGCACACCGGCGGCAGCGUGGGAAGAAGAGGAGGGAGAGGAGCAGGUGGGGGACCCCGAGGGACGCCCCAGCCGGCGGUGGGGCGUCCCCACGGGAGACGGGGUGCCACGGGGCUGCCGCCCACGCUGCCGGGGUAUCCCGAGUUUCCUCGGGGCCGCGAGGGCUUCGGGGCCGGGCCCAGCGGCGUGAACCAGUUGGGGGGUCUCUUUGUGAACGGCCGCCCCCUCCCCACCUGCAAGAGGAAGAGGAUCAUCGAGCUGGCGGCGUGCGGCGUCCGGACCUCGGACAUCUCCCGCAGCCUCAAGGUAUCCAACGGCUGCGUCAGCAAGAUCCUGGGUCACUACUACAGGACGGGGGUCGUGGAACCCAGGGCCAUCGGGGGUAGCAAGCCCCGCAUGGCCACCCCUGAGGUGGUGGCCAGGAUCGCCCAGCUGAAGCUGGAGCAGCCCUCCCUCUUCGCCUGGGAGAUCCGCCGGCAGCUGCACGCCGAGGGCAUCUGCGCCGGCGACAGGACCCCCAGCGUCUCCUCCAUCAACCGGGUGCUGAGGAACCUGCCCAGCGACCUGCGGCCGGCGGCUGAGCGGGCCGGUGCCGCCGCCUCCCCGGGGACCCAGCACCCUCCACGGGGCUCUGCAUCCAGCCGGCAGCUCCCGCUGAGCACCCAGCACAGGAACAGGACAGUCUUCUCCAGCCAGCAGUCAGAGGCCCUGGAGAAAGAGUUUCAGAGGGGACAGUACCCGGACACCGUCACCCGGGAGAGACUGGCCGCGGCCACCCAGCUGCCUGACACGACCAUCAGGGUCUGGUUCUCCAACCGACGAGCGAAAUGGAGACGCGAGGCCAAGCAGAAGCUGGAGGCUGGCGGUGCAGGUGACAGCCCAGGGGCGCAGGGGACAGGACGUGGGACCUGA